AUGGAGAGUCAAAAGCAGACGAGUUUUACCUUUGAGAUAGAUAACUUCUCCGGCAAGAAAGGUCUCAUACGAUCUCCAAUAUUCUCAAGCGGCGGCUGCAAAUGGUAUGUUAAGGUUCAUCCCAAAGGAAAUUUGGUUGAUGAUCACUUGGCUCUGUACCUCUGUGUUUCGAAUCCUGGAUCACUGCGACUUGGAUGGAAAAGACUAGCUAGUUUUUCCUUCGUUCUGUUAAAUGAAUCAGCCGAAGAGCUAUUGAGAAACCCUGAAUCCAGCAGCUUAUUUUGCGCUCAGGUCACAGGAUGGGGUACGUCAAAGGCCGUGCCUCUUGAAAAGCUUCAAGAAAAAGGGUUUUUGGAGAAGAACAAACUGAUAGUUAAAGUGGAAGUGAAAGUAGUUGAAGUUGUUGAUCAAGGAGAUGCCACUGGGAAUGAGAAGUUCGAUUCCAAUGGUUUCCAAGUUCUUUAUUCUCAGGCUGUUUCAGUGACUAAGCUUUUCACUGAACAACCGGACAUUGCUUUAAACUUGAGGUUAAAGAACCAAUCCCUGAAGACAACGUGCAUGAAUAUCCUACUCGGUCUCAUAGAGACAAUGGACAAGCCUCCACAUGACAUCUCAGAGACAGAGCUAAGAAACGCUCAGGACGAUCUGAUCGAGCUAACGGAAGCAGGAUUCAAGCUAGACUGGUUGAAGACAAAGCUUGAUGAGGUUGAGAAGAAGAAAUCAAACGUUCAAGUCCAAAAACUCGAGGAGCAAAUCAAGAAACUCACACUUGAACUGAACAAAGAGAAGGGAAAAGCUGAUACUUGUGCUGCUAGAGUUCUCUCGUUGGAGAAGACAGUGUCGGAUUUUAAAGAUGGGGCGUUGGAUCUUAUAAAUGAGGUGUUGGAACAUACAGUGUUGGAUCUUAAAGAAGAGUUGUUGGAUCUUAAUAAAAAGCUGAACAAAGAGAAGGAAGAAUCUUAUACUUGUGCUGCUAAAGUUAUGUCAUUGGAGCAGACAGUGAUGAAUCUUAAAGAUGAGCUGAACAAGGAGAAGGGUAAAUCAGACACUUGUGCUGUUAAAGUUUUGUCGUUUGAGCAGACAGUGUUGAAUAUGAGAGCUGAGCUGAACAAUGAGAAGGGCAAAUCAGAUACAUCUGCUGCUAAAGUUCUGUCGUUGGAACAGACUGUGUCGGAUCUUAAAGAGGAGCUGAAAAAAGAGAGGCACGAAUCUUAUGGUUAUGUUGCUAAAGUUAUAUUGUUGGAGGAGACCGCAGUGAUGAAUCUUGAAGAAGUGUUGAACAAGGAGAAGGGCAAAUCAGAUACAUCUGCUGCCAAAGUUCUGUCGUUGGAACAGACGGUGUGGGAUCUUGAAGAUGAGUUGAACAAGGAGAAGGACGAAUCAGAUACUUUGGAGCAGACAGUGUUGAAUCUUAAAGCUGAGCUGAACAAGGAGAAGGCUGCUGCUUGCUCUUGGGAAGUAUUGGAUUACGAGGAUCUCCAUAAAGAUAAGUAG